AUGUGCGCAGUGGAGGGGGAGUGUAUAGAAAUGUGUAUGUUGUGAUUUAAUGCUAACUCGGCUAACAGCGGGUAUUUUAUCGUGUUUUUAUCGGAUUUCCCGCCACGGUCAGUGUUACAAGCACAGGCCAGGCUGGAUUGACGGUUUGAGGGAACGCCCUUGUUUUAUGUGCAAUUGCAGUCUGGAUGUGAUCCACCUAAAUGAAUGAUUGCACCUCACCUUGCAAUCUCUCCAAAGAGACACUACUAAUUUCUCUUGAGGAAAAAAAAAAUGCAGGAUAGCACAGAUUUUUACUUUUGUCUGGUUCUCUUGAGUUGAAUCAUUAGGUGUGUAAAAAACAAUAUCCUGCUUUACUUUUUGCCGUUUCUUAGACGAUCAGAAUGCCACGUUCCCGAGAAAUUUCUGAAGACGUUCGCAAAAAGGUUGUCGAGGCUCAUCAGUCUGGAAAAGGGUACAAGCUCAUUUCUAAAGCUCUCGGUCUCUCCAAGACCACCAUCAGAGCAAUACUCCAGAAAUGGAAAACGUUUGGUACGGUUAUGAAUCUUCCCAGGAGUGGCCGUCCCCCCAAAAUUUCACCAAAGACAAGGCGAGAAAUCAUCCGGGAGGUAAAGAAAAACCCAUGCACCACCUCCAAGGAUGUGCAGGCAGCUCUUGCUGCUGCUAACAUCUCUGUCCACGACUCCACCAUCAGGAGGCUUCUGGGAAUUCACGGAAGGCCGACUUUAAGUGAAUUCAAGGACGUUACGUCUUUGAGAAGCUCCUCCGAUGAAAUGGAAAGCACCCUUUCUUUUGGAAAGUUAUCAGACAGUUCAAAUGGAUUUAGGAAAGAUGUGAAGGUUGAAGAUGAGCAGCAGGACUUAGUUGAACGUGAUUCCAAGAACGAUGGCGGCGACGGAGCUUUGGAAAAAGAGUGUUGUACUCUUGGCCAGCAUAGUGAUAACUGUGAUGACUGUGAGCAUGAAGGUGCUGGUGAUCCCAGUGGGAAGUGUAGGGUUGGUGAUGAUGCUGACAGUAACAGCAGCAGUGAUAAUGUGUAUAAAUACGAUGAUGAAGAUGACGAUGAUGAUGAGGACGGCUCCUGUAAUGACAAUGACUGUGAAGAGGGUGAUGCUAACAAUGGUGAAAGUUGUGAUGAAGAAAGUUGUGAUGAAGCCUAAAGUGCAUGUACCAUACAGUGGUUUAGGAGGACCACCAGAAAUUAGCAGGGGUUAAAUGUACCAAGAUAUACAUUGACUGGCCAAAGUCAUUAAGAAACUAAAGAUGAGCUGAAAGCUAAACCUCCAAGGAUGAAUAUGUUACAGGAAUAUACAUAUUAGAGAUUGUUCAGUAAAACAGUAGUACAAUACAGCUCUGGAAAAAAAUUAAGAGACCACUUCAGCUUCUCCCUAAUAAUAGUUUUAAGAGUUCAGAAAUCAAUAUUUGGUGGAAUAACCCUGGUUUUUAAUCACAGUUUUCAUGCAUAUUGGCAUCAUGUUCUCCUCCACCAGUCUUACACACUGCUUUUGGAUAACUUUAUGCUUUUACUCCUGGUGCAAAAAUUCAAGCAGUUCAGUUUGGUUUGAUGGCUUGUGAUCAUCCAUCUUCCUCUUGAUUAUAUUCCAGAGGUUUUCAAUAUGCUAAAAUCAAAGAAACUCUUACUUUUUUCCAGAACUGUAUACUGCAUUAUUAAGGAUUUUUAGUGCGCCUUAUAGUCUGUAAAAACAGUAUGUUUGUAAUGUAGGUUGAUGGCAUGUAUUCCUUCUUGAUGGUUCAGCCCAUCUUAAAUAUUUUAAAGGGGAAUUUACAAAUGCAAAAUGAAAUGGUUAAGAUGUAAACAGACUUUUUGAUUGAACGCAUAUAAGCAACGCGGCCACGUUGUUAAAACAUGUGAGAUGCUACAAUUUAGUAAAGUUCUUAAAGCAGUGCUUGUAGUUUCAGUGAAAACCUGCACCAUGUUUAACAUGGUCUCCUUCAACCAGGCCAAACAUACAGCAUGCCUUUUUUCGACAGUUAAAGUGUUAUGUAAACAUAUGGGCUCCCUGGUGUCUGGUAAUGUUUUUCUUUUUUCUAAAAAAUAAUAGUUAAUUGCACCUUACUUUACGGUAUUUUAAUUUGCCAAAUUUCUAUAUGUAAAUUAGUUUUUUUGUUCACACGCCUUUACAAUCUACACAAUGUGUCCUUUAAAAAGGAGUGUGCUGACUUCUGCAUUCGACUCUGGUAAGUUAAAUGCUGUGAUUGGCACCUAUAGCUGAUAAAUAUUGUUAUAUUAUUUGCUUUAAAUAUGAACUGUAUAUAUGUAUGUAUUUCCAUAUCAGAUGAGACACUCAGAGAUCAGCAACUGUAUGAUAAGAUCAGGAGGUGGAACUGAGAUGUUCUACUCUAUUUCACUGUCUUUUUUAAAGUAUCACACUAAAUUAAGGUUAUGCUUGUUAUUUGUGUGCCACAUGAACCUUUUAAGGAUGUUCAAGAUUUCUGAUACCAUUCCCAUCAAUAAACAAUGAUUCACUUAAA